AUGUUGCAGACAGACCGGGUAAGAAUUGUGAUAGAUAAUGUGGAUCCUAUUCAGCCAGAACUCCACCGCACCAGGCGAUGGUCUCGUGGGGCUCCCUGGGCAAUACUACUAGUUCUUCUGGUUUUUAUUUAUGGUUCCCACGCUCCUCUCAUCUCCCUCACUAAGGUUGAUGGUCACGUUCCCUUCAGCUCAUCUUCCUGUGUGGUUCUGAUUGAAUUUACCAAGCUCAUGGUCUCUUUCGCUACCCUGGUGGUGACCGGGAAUCUGUCCAGCCUUAAAGAGUCCGUGUCCAUCGUUGCCGUGUUUCCCUACGCCAUUCCUGCUCUUCUGUACGCUUUUAACAACAACCUUGUGGUCAUCAUGCAGGUGUAUAUGGAUCCCAGCUCCUUCCAGCUUUUUAGCAACUUGAAAAUCGGCUCUACCGCGCUCCUCUACACAUUCUGUUUAGGGAAGAGGUUGAGGCGUGGCCAGUGGUUUGCCGUGGGGCUUCUCGUGGCUGCUGGCGUCUGCCAUAGCUACACCAGCCUCGAUUGGGAACAGCCGAAAGAGGAUAUAUCAAACCCCGGGCUUCGAAUCACAUCCUGGGGGCUUUUGCUGGUGCUUGUGUAUUGCUUUGUGUCUGGAUUGGCUGCGGUCUACACCGAGCGCAUGCUGAAAACUCAGCAUCUACCUCUGAGCCUCCAAAAUCUUUUCCUUUAUGCUUUUGGGGUGGCGAUCAAUCUUAUGUCUCUUGUGACUGGCAGCAGUGGACAGCAGGGCUUUCUGUAUGGAUUCUCUGGACUGGUUUGGGUUAUUAUUGCAGGACAGGUCACUAAUGGUCUUCUCAUGUCUGUCAUCAUGAAACACGGAACUGGAAUCAUGAGACUUUUUGUCAUCUCUUCUGGAAUGCUGGUAAAUGGUGUCCUCUCCUGGUGGCUUCUGGGAAUACAGCUUACUCAUCACUUCCUGUUUGCUGUGGUUUUGAUUGGGUGGGCAGUGUACCUGUAUUACAGGUAGAGCGGAUGGGACAGAGACUAUCAUGCAAUUGCACAUAUCCUUUUUUUUAUAUUUAAACCAUUUUAAAUCUCUGACUGCAUUUCUUCUGUCUAAUAUUUUCUUCAGCUUGUGCCCACUAUUAUCCUUUCUGCCUUUAUUAUAAAAAAGUGCAUCUUACUGAAUCAACAUCAUCUCAUACAAACUGAAUGUCAUUGUUUGGAGAUUCACUGUUGUUUUUCUUCUCCUAUGCAUCUCCUAUGUUUUUAUUUUAUUGAAAUGUUGAAACAUAUGUAAUGGUACAGUGCCUGUACAGUAUUUAAGAGUGAAUUAUGCAAAUAAAUAUUUUGAAUGAC